AUGGAUGAAAGUAAACCACAAAAUACACCUAUGAUAACUAGACAAGUCAAAGUCAGAAAUAAUAAGAAUAUAGAGAAAGCGGAAAAACUUGGAAAACCAGAGAUUCCUUAUAGAGAAGCUAUAGGUAGCUUAAUGUAUCUUGCUAAUGUCACAAGACCAGACAUUGCAUUUGCUGUAAAUUUAUUAGCUAGAAAACAAUCGAACCCCACUAUAGAAGAUUGGAUCGAUGUAAAAAGGAUCAUGAGAUAUCUUAGAGGAAGUUCUGAUCUAGGAAUAACAUAUAGAGGUGUUACUGAAAACUUAGAAAUAUUUACAGAUGCAAGCUUUAGAGACAAUGCAGACUCAUCCUCGACAAGUGGAAUGGUUGCUCGAUUAUUCGGAGACUCCGUUAUGUGGAGAAGUCAUAAAUAA